GUCCCAAUUUUCUAGAAAUGCUGUUAUGUUAUUCUUCACCCACCUAAUCAUACCUCCACAAACUUUUUUGCUGUUUCGAUUGGCUAUAUCACUCCAUUUUUUUUUUUGCCUUUCAUUUUACUACUUGUUGCUUCACUGUAUCUCAAAGCCUUUUUCACCUCUCCUCCCAAUCUAAGCAACCCCCAUCUUCCUUUUCCCAAUCCACAAUCCAAAAACCCUAAAAACAAAACCAAUUCAAUUCAUCAUUCAACAAUGUCCAGAUCAAUUCACCACUAAUUACAAAUCAUUCGAUAAAUUAAGAGAAAAGGGUGUCUCUAGGGUUGGAGGAAAAGGAAGGUGACGGAACCCUAACGGAGAGGGAGAGUUGGAAUAAACCGGUGGAGCUAAAUGCCAAGCGUGGCCGUGAAAUUAUACAGUGUUUUCUUCAAAUUCAUCUUAAAACAUCGCUUACAAAACCGCAUUGACAACAAUGCCGCCGCCAACAAUGACGUCGUCACCUCUUUCGGCGUGACGUCACGUCCCGAUGAAGAAUCCAUUACAGCUUCAAAUCCUUCUUUUAGCGACGGUGUAGCUACCAAAGACAUACAUAUAGAUCCAACUACAUCCGUAUCUAUACGUGUAUUCCUACCCGAAACUUGUCUCGGGUCACCCGAACCCGAUUCCAAAUCACGAUCUAGGGUUACGGCUUUGAUAGGAUCUGAUCCACGUCGAAACAGCUAUGGUGCUGCUACAACUGAUAAUGUGAAUGAUAAUCGUUAUAGGAAUAGUUUCAAUCAUAGGAGAAAUAGUUAUGGAUCAUGUAAUGUCGAUGAUCUAGCAUUGAAAUCUGAUAAUGGGGUUUAUAGAGGAUAUGCUCCUAUGGGUAAAAAUUGUAGGAAAUUACCGGUUAUGUUACAGUUUCACGGUGGUGGAUUUGUGAGUGGGAGUAAUGAUUCGGUAUCGAACGAUUUCUUUUGUAGGAGAAUUGCCAAACUCUGUGAUGUUAUUGUUUUAGCAGUCGGGUAUAGGUUAUCGCCUGAGAAUAGAUAUCCGGGAGCGUUUGAGGAUGGGUUGAAAGCGUUGCAUUGGUUAGCAAAACAGGCGAAUUUGGCUGAAUGUAGUAAGUCGUUGGGGAAUAGACGUGGUGGUGGAGGAGAUAUGAAGAAAUCGGAUAGUCAUGGGCAUAUAGCGGAUGCGUUUGGAGCAUCAAUGGCGGAACCUUGGUUGGCUGCUCAUGGAGAUCCGUCGAGGUGUGUUCUCCUUGGAGUGAGUUGUGGAGGAAAUAUAGCUGAUUAUGUGGCCCGGAAGGCAGUAGAAGCAGGUAAUCUUUUGGACCCAGUCAAGGUGGUGGCACAGGUCUUGAUGUAUCCAUUUUUCAUUGGCAAUGUUCCAACUCAUUCCGAGAUAAAGCUAGCAAAUUCUUAUUUCUAUGACAAGGCGAUGUGCAUACUUGCCUGGAAAUUAUUUUUACCUGAAGGAGAGUUUGAUUUGGAUCACCCUGCUGCUAACCCACUCGUUGCUGGGAGAGGAGGACCUCCAUUAAAACGAAUGCCCCCAACAUUGACAAUUGUAGCAGAGCUUGACUGGAUGAGAGAUCGGGCUAUUGCUUAUUCAGAGGAACUCCGGAAAGUAAAUGUUGAUGCUCCUGUUCUUGAAUAUAAGGAUGCUGUUCAUGAGUUUGCAACUCUUGACAUGCUUCUCAAGACCCCUCAGGCUCAGGCUUGUGCUGAGGAUAUUGCCAUCUGGGUUAAGAAGCACAUUUCACUUCGAGGUCACGAGUUCUCGUAUUGAGUUGGAUAGACGGUCUUGUAUAGCAGCAUCUUUGUGGCAAAUGAUCCUUGUGACUUGAGGUUCACCAUAUAUGGAUUUUAAGUUUCAUCGCACAUUCUUUUUUCUUUGGGAUGUUUCUUUUGUAAAAUAGAUGUGAUUUGCCAGAAAAUAGGUUAGCUGAGUUUUGAGCCACGUAUUCCUCCUAUUCAGAGUUAAGCAUGUAUGUGUUAUCCUUGUAAACAUUUUUCCCUGUAUCAAGAGAUUUCUCUGUCAUUUGCAGAUAAUGGAAGAGAUGUAUUCUGCUUA